AUGAGUUUUCUUGACGAAAUUCACACAGUUCCAGCAAACAAAACUGUAUUGGCAGCUCUAAGCCCGGUAUUUGAUACAAUGUUUUUCGGAUCGUUGCCGGAGAAAGGAGACGUUCCCGUUGACGAUGCGGAUGCCGACGUAUCCAAGGAAUUUCUCCAGUUGUUCUACCUGGGUGAGGUGACAUUAACAAUGGAGAAUAUCGAGACCGUCGUUUGUUUGGUCGACAAAUAUGAUGUUCUCAAACAUGUCAACGCGUGUGCCGUAUUUCUCAAAGGCCAACUAACACUUGAUAACAUAUGCUGGGGCUAUCAGUUGACCGUGAAUCUCGAAAAUGAUGAACUGAUGAAGUAUUGUGAGGACAAAAUCACCAAGUCACCGAAAGAUAUCUUUGCCACCGAUGCAUUCAAACGCUGUGACAAAGGUGUUCUACAACGAAUAUUGGAGCUAUGCUUGAUGUGCAAGGAAACCGAUGUUUUUGAUGCCUGUUUGACGUGGGCCAGAUACGCAUGCGAACAAGACGAUUUGGAUACAACACAAGCGGUGAAUUUGAGAACUCAACUCGGCGAUUGCUUCAAGUUAUUUCGAUUUAGCUUAAUGAAAAGCGAAGAGUUCUCUGAACGUUACAUGUUGAACAAAGGACUAUUCACGUCGGAAGAAUUCGAAGAUGUUAUGCUUUCUUUAUCGGCAAAAGGGUACAAAGCGAAAAUAUUCAAUCAAUCACCCCGAUACUACCCAUGGGAUGUGGAUAAUAUUUUGCGUUGUCAACGGAAAACCAGCGGCCCAGAACCGAAAAAGUACAUACAACUUCAAGAAGUCACUUCGUUCUCAUCGAAUAAACACCUACUGUUGGGAGAGAUUCAAACUUCUGUCACAUGGUAUGGUUCAUCUAAAAUAGCCGGAAAUAAAGUCGACGUAACUAUUACCGAACGUGAGAAGAUGGAUCAGCUGAAAGUGACUUUGCCACAGCCAAUUCUGAUUAAGCCUAAACGUAUGUAUGAGGUUUGUUUGGAAGUUUGA